AGCAUGUAAAAGUAAACUUUUUAAAUUCAUAUCAACAUAAACACUUCGAACAAACUUUUCAUCAUGCAGCUGCAAAAUAAAGAUAAUAAAUCCCACGGUCUUCGAAUCACCCAACUGUAACCUUAUACUUGGAACAUUGACAAAGUUCAACACAAACAACCAACACAGCUGAAACCCAACAAUGUUUCCUAAGGUGACUAACUUGCUUUGACGGCUUUGCUGUUGUUCUUGAAACCAAAACCGUUAUAAUUCGUCUGCUACCAACACCGGACGACAUGGCUUCAUGGGUAGAAAAAUCAAACCUUCGUCUACCACGUGACUAACUCGGCCAAACAAACGUAGGUAACAGUUCAAACAAAAAAUGUCAAACAAAACUGCAGAUACCGCGCCCUCAGCGGGGAAAUGAUUCUAGUACACGUCCCGAACGGCGCUCAUUCCUGCUCAGAUAGUCGAACCAGCAAUCAUCAAACGCGGCGAUGAAGUUCAGUUUUACGAUUUUGGGAGCCGGAGUGCUGCUGGGCACGUGCUUCCUAAUACAGUUUUCUACGGUGGAAACGGCUGCCAUAGUGGACCAGGGCAGCGCCCACUUCAAAGCCCAACAACAAUCCUGUAGCGAUCUGUGCGGAUUCUGUCCGUCCUGCAAUGGAUUCUACUGCGGUGAGGAGUGUAUCUGCGAAUGCCAGCAGGAUGCCAAUGAACAUGCCCAAUGUAUCAACAAAAUCGUGGAGAACAGUGACAAACUCGGACUGAUGUACGACGUGCUGAUCCAAUUGCCGAGCAGUGCAGGAAGUCACGGCGGAAUCCCCACCAGUAGUUCCACUCGUUUCUCGCGUGGCGCGGACCCAGGAAAGCACCACCACGCCGUGAUGGACGCGGAUGACAUAGCCACAUUCAGGAAGGUGUUGGAGUUCAUCAAACUGCCGGUGCAACUAUCUCAAAUGGGGCUCCCGACGAAGUUCAGGCUCAAUUCCCACUCGAACCGGCGACACCACCACGACAUGGGGAUGCACGGCAGAAGAAUGUCACACUAGCGGGCGCGAAUCGAUAGGGUGCGACGGGAACGAG